CAUAAUCAUAAUCUUUUCGAAUAAUUGCUUCCGACUCUUGGCAACUUAUAGGCUACUUAUAGAGAUUUGCCCAAAUAUAAAAUAAAGGAAACUUAUAGAUUAUUGGCUAUUCAAAAUCGGUUGAUAAGGUACCUGAGGGUUCUCAAAUUUUUUAAAACAAAUUUCUAUUGGGCGAAAAAGAAACUAUAACUACGAAACUACCCCUAUAAACUUUAUAUAAAGAACCCCAUUCUCAUUCCUUUCUUCGACAUCGACAUCUCUCUCUCUAUCUCUUACCGAAAAACUCACUCCGGCGUUAAAGUCUCCAAACCGAAUCGAAAAUGGCGAAAGGAGGAAACAAACUGAUGAAGCUGAAGUCAGUUUUGAAGAAGCUCAACUCAUUCAACACCAAGCCAAACCAGCCAUCGUCGGCUCCAGCUAAUCACGGCCGAUCCUCCGCCGUGAGUGCAUUUCCCUCUGAAUAUCUUCAAACUGUCUACGUCGGCCGAACACGUCGACAGUACCAUGUGAGCUCUGACGUCGUGAGCCACCCGCUCUUUCAGCAGCUAGCGGCGGUGGAUGGUGGCUGUGGCGGCAGCGAGGAUGGUUCCAUCUCCGUGUCGUGCGAAGUUGUCUUGUUUGAGCAUUUACUUUGGAUGCUGGAGAACGCCGACGCCGACGAGUCACGUCCCGAGUCCGUCCACGAACUCGUCGAGUUCUACGCUUGUUAACUUCUUUACAAUUAAUUUAGGUCCGUCCGAAAUAUAUGAUGCUGUUUGUAUAUUCUAUACUUCGUAUACUUUACAGUCUUUCGUUAAACAAAAUUUUAUAUAUAUAUUUUUUUCUGUUAAACGAUACGACAACCGAUAAAUAAAUGUAUAUUGUGUGUAAACAUUGACUUGCAAUGUAAUAUAAGAAUGAUCAAUUUUAAUAUGUACGGGAUAAAACCA